CAACUCAUUGAAUCUGUAUGAAACCAAAAUCAAAAGGGAUAGAAAAGGAAAAACGGGCAGAACAGAAACGAGUUGACUCGUCUUCCAGAGCGACAGCCGCCGCCCCUCAGCCGCCGCCGCCGCCCCGGAGCCGCCGCCGCCCCGCAGCCUCCGCCGCCCCGGAGCCGCCGCCGCCACGCAGCCGCCGCCGCCACCGCGAGCCGCCGCCCCUCCCCCGUCGCGGGACUCACAGCCCCGGCCUGUCCUUCGAGCGUCGACACCCCCUCUCCUCCGCCGCGAGCCGCCACGCCCUGCUCCCGUCGCGGGACCCGUCUUGUCCGCCGCAGCCGAGAGCCGCCGCCGCCGCCCCUUCCUCCGUCGCGGGGAUCGCCUGGAGAUUCACUGUCCCUUCAUCUCCGUCGCCACCCCCUCCCCUCCGUCACGGGGAUCGCCGGGGGAGUCACUGGCCCAUCCCCUCGGUAUCGGGAAUCGGCCGGAGCUUCGCUGGGAUCGCCGGGAGCAUCGCUUCUGUGGACGUCGUUUGUAUGUGAUAUGCAGGAAGAUAUGGCUGAUAUGAGCGGGGAUUGUAAAGAGUACCAUGAGAUCGUUAUCAAGACGUUUGUUAGCGAGGAAGACGGAUUCAAUUUCUACAACAGUUAUGCUCUUGAGAAAGGAUUUAGCGUGCGGAGAAGCUACGUUGAGUGGGAUGAAGCCAACAAGGAGAUAAUUUUGAGGAAAUUUGUGUGUAGUCGCGAAGGUUGUCGUGAAGAGAAGCACAUGAAGAGGAAGAGAGCAGAUAUGAAGAGGAGGCCACGGAAUAUCACUCGUGUUGGGUGUAAAGCCAAACUGGUCAUCGCAAGAGCCGAGGAAACAGGGCAGUGGUUUGUGAAGGAUUUUAUCGAUGUACACACGCAUAAACUGGCCCCAGGGGAUAUUGCUUGCCUGCUACGUUCACAUAGAAGAAUCAGCGCCGAGCAGAAAGCGGACAUUAUAGAGAUGGAAACUGCUGGGAUCCGCAAACACAAAAUCAUGGAUGUAUUGCGCAUGCAAUGCGGUGGUUUCGAUAAGGUUGGAUGCACGACAAGGGACAUUUAUAAUUUCUGCCAUCAGUACAAGCAGGAAACAGUUGCUGACGGUGAUGCUCAAACUGUGAUCCGUCACAUGAUGGCGCGUGAAGAGAGAGAUCCAGGUUUUUUCUUCAGAUACCUGGUUGAUAAAGAUGAUCAUCUGAAGGGACUGUUCUGGUGUGAUAGUCAAUCCCGGCUUGACUACAAGGCUUUCGGCGAUGUUGUUGUUUUCGACAGCACCUACAGGACCAAUAAGUACAAUCUGCCAUUUGUGCCGUUUGUUGGGUUGAAUCACCACCGCAGCACUGUUAUUUUUGGAUGUGGUAUUAUUUCCCAUGAGACGACGGAGGCGUACGAGUGGAUGCUGGAGGUCUUCAGUGAAGCCAUGUCCCAGAAGCACCCAAUAUCUGUGAUCACCGACGGGGACCUUGCAAUGCAGAGAGCAAUCAGGGUGAUCUGGUCUGACUCGAACCAUAGGCUGUGUGUAUGGCACAUUCAGCAGAACAUUGUACGUCAUCUUAGUGAUGACAAGGUUAAGGAGGAAUUCAGAUCUUUCAUAUAUGAUUCCUCUUCCAUUGCCGAGCAUGAGAGCAAAUGGCUAGAUUUCUUGGAAAGGAAUAAAGUAACAAGUGAGGAGUCGUGGCUGCAUCAGAUGUAUCAGAUGAGGAAGCUGUGGUGUGCCCCAUAUCUGGCGGGCCGUUGUUUCUUAGGAUUGAGCAGUAAUCAGCGGAGCGAGAGCUUAAACUCUGUCCUUCAUACGCAUCUUAGUUCGCAGAUGACAUUAUUUAAAAUGCUAGAGCAUUAUGAGCGUUGUCUUUCGACACGACGCUUGAAUGAGACGGUCCUAAACAUCGUGUCCUUGCAGUCCGUUCCAUAUACAGAGCCGGAUGCUUCAAGUCUUGAGGUACACGCUGCAAUGGUUUUCACAUCUAGUGUGUUUAAGAUGGUCAGAUAUAGCUUAGAUGCUGUCAGCAAAUGUUUUAUGAGCAAUAUACUAGAUGGAAGUGACCUAGAUGGAUCCGACUUGGUUACGUUUGUUGUGGCUAAGAAAGAUAGAAGAGAGAAGAAGUUUGAAGUGCGCUCUGUGGAGAAAGAAGGCUCUCCGUACAGGAUCAGUUGCUCUUGCCGUAAGCUGGAAUGCGUAGGCACACCAUGCUCCCACAUACUGUACGUAUUAGGAACAAUUAAAGCAAAAGAACUUCCUAGGUGCUGUGUUCCCACCAGGUGGACGAUGAGUGCAAGGUCUGCAUACCCUCUUCCGAGCAGAAAUAGUGGCAUGUAUGACUAUUCGAAAAGCCUGAUGAGGUACCGUGAGUUGCGGAAAUUGAGUCACGCGGCAUGUUUCAGGGCAUGUCAGUCGGACGAGGCGUACCAUCGUCUUGAGAUGGUUCUGAAAGCACCAGACGACAGCAUGGAAUCAACUAGUGGUCAGAAUGAAUCUAUUAGGUUUGGCCCGGUGCUGCCUCUAACUGAGCAAACUGUUCCUGGGGAUUUGGGGAAGGUUCUGGAUCCCUUGUGUGUGCAAGGCCGAGGUGCGCCGAAGAAAAGGCUGCAGGCAAAGAUGAAGAAGCCAAGAUCAAAGGGCAAAUGUGGCUAUUGCGGGGACGAGGGUCACAAUGUUCGUACAUGCAAAAAGUUGAAAGAGGACAACAAGCUGCGAGAAGAAGCUUUAUGACGGGUGCAUUUGAAGUCUGAUUGUAGAGUUGCAGGAAACCAAAUCCAGUUUCAGCAUCUAGGCUUGUGGGGAACACUCAUUCUGCUUGUGUAAAACUCCCUAAUUACUUCAAUUUGUCUUCGUCUUGGAAGCAUAUACUUUGCUAGGAAACUUGCAUUUCUUUCAUAUCGUGACGAAGAGUCGGAAAGAGACCUGGUGUUGUCCAUUCAGUCGUGCAUUAACGAAGCCGUGAACACUGGCUGGGUAACAACGUCUAAGCAGAUCAAUAUUGCCAAGUGGAAAACCGUAUGCUAUACUAACAUACCACAACAGAAGGAUGGCCACUCCUGUGGGGCGUACACGUUGAAAUACAUGUUGUCAUGGGACGGAAAUGAAAUGAUGGAUUAUUUCACGCAGGCGCUGAUAGAUAUUUUUAGCUUCAAAAUAUGCUCAAGGCUGCUGCGUUCAGAUUGCAACCCGCUUCGAAAAGAAUCCUACAAGAAACCUAUAACGAAAGAGAACUAUACUGCCAGCAUUGCACAGGAUCCUAAAGAUGUGGAAGACGACAUCAGGGAAAUCAGCAAUCCUAAUGUUUCCGAGAAACCCAAGGAAGACGUCGUCAUGGAAACCAGCCCUCCUAGACCCAAGCGCAAACGUGGCCGUCCGAGAAAAGUAAAGACUAACACUCCAACCGAUACGGUCGAACAAGAAAUUGCCACCGAGACUCCCGCUGGACUUGCCGACGGCAAACGCAUACGCAAACCAUCAAAAACAAAGACCAGCCCGUACACAACACCAUGAAGUUUGAUGUGGUCUCUAAAUGAGAUGAAUGAUCUUAUUAGCAUUUUUUUUUCAAUUUUCAGUUGUUUUUCACUUAUUAUUUGUACGCUACUACUUCUAAGCAACUGUUAUAGCUUACAAAAUUCUCGUGACCAUCA